GCACCAGUAAGAGCUGAAAGAGAAAACCAUUCCAAAACAAAGUGCUCAAGGAAAUAGUUGUUGCACCCUAGUAUAUUCGCAAUUUCGAACUCCAACGCCGUUAAUGUGGAAGACGUCGAGAAUAAUUUAAAAAAAAUGCUGGAUCCGACGAAGAAAAGGUCCACCAACAUGUGAAUGUCAAAGCUAUUUAAUUUCUUGACACCACAGGCCUAGUGAGAAAAUUGAAAAGGACUAAUCCACAACUAUGGGACAUUGUCUCCUUAAUAAACAUCUUUUUUUGGCCCCAUUUCCAGAGGCUGUUUCAGCGCAGAGGAAACAGUCAGCCACCUACUCCUGGAAUGGGAGGCUGUCGCUAAACAACUUGCGGAAAUCCACGGAAUAGUGAGGUCGCUCCGUGAAGCCUACGAAGUGCCCAGGAGGCUGUACUUUUGGAAUUAUUUGGACUGGCUAGCUGGAGACCUAGUGAGAAAAUAAGUGCGGAAACUGAAUUCACAAACCAUACCAUACCAAGGACAAAACCAUUUGAAUGUGUGAAUUAGUGUUAGUGCACGUGAGUCUUGAGUGGUAAACAAAAAGGAAAAAUAGUACACAAGAAUAGUCUUCCCCUUAACCUUCAAUAUAAGUAGUGAUAUUGGACUGUGGCUUAGUGCCUACAGUUUCUUAGACUUAAAUCACACUAGUCUUAAGUUAGUCUAGCUCGUAAUUUUCAAUAUGUAAAGGGACAUUUUAUUUAAAAAAAUAUCGUGAUCGAUCAAAAAAGAUCAUUUGGUCUCGUGACCAAUUUAAAAAAUCGUUUAGAGCUUUUUUGUCUGCACUCUGCAGUCUAGAUAAGGCUUCUACAUUACCCUCGACUACGAAGGGCGAGGGGAGUAAUAUGUAAUAGUCUGUGUUCUGCAGUCUGCAGAUUGCAGAAUCGAAUCAGUCAUUGGUCGGGCUAAUAUAAUUUUUUAUAUUUACAAUUCACAUUUAAUAGUUUUCGGAAUAAAAACCACAACUUAUAACAGAAAAAAAAUAUGAAUACACUUGACAAACAAUUGGCUGAUUUACGAAUAUAUGCAAAUGAGCUAGAUGCAAAGUUACAGGAUGAUAUUAAUACAACGAAAAGAAAACCGUCUAUUCCACCCAAAAAAUCUAAACCUCCACUACCGCAAAUACCACAAAGUUAUUCUGUAAAGUCUGCAUGUGAGCCAUCCUAUUCAUCACGACUGGAAUCAGGAAGCCGUACCAGUUCUACAUACUCAAAUCUGGUACCGGUCAAGAGUUGUAUUGUGAGGAAUUCAGCUAGAGGCAGAAGUGGAGACGUGCUACUAUACAGUAACUUAGUGCCUCCUGGCGGCGUGAGUCAUGUUUAUACUAAUGUCCCAAUACAACGAAAUUCCGAAAACUUUUACGAUAGAGAUGCAAGAUCAGAAGUGUCCAGAAUCAGUGAUGUGGGAAUCCAGUCAAAUUAUAGCGAGUUACGACGCCCUGGAUCCGCUUAUCCACCAUCAUCUGCAUCAGUAAACGCACAAGAUUUUUCUACGUACGGUGGAUCACAGACUUCAUCUACAUAUGAAUCAUUGUAUGAACCAAUUAAUCCUCGACCCUGCAGCCAACUAUCAGGCACAUCACUGUAUGGGGGUUAUGUUGGAACAACUAUAGAAUCCACGCCAGAACCAGAUGAUGCCUUGUAUUGUGGCAACUGUUAUUGUUGUGGUGGAAAAAUUAUGGGAGAGACAACAGGGUGUACUGCUAUGGAAAGAAUAUAUCACAUUAAAUGCUUUUGUUGCCAACAGUGCGGAAUCAAUCUACAGGGAAGACCCUUUUAUGCUGUACAAGGAAAGGCUCUCUGUGAGAGAGAUUAUCUGGAGACUCUAGAGAAAUGCUGUGUUUGUGGUGAACCUAUUUUGGAUCGCAUUCUAAGAGCUACUGGCAAGCCUUACCAUCCUCGUUGCUUCACUUGUGUUGUAUGCCAAAAGAGCUUAGAUGGCAUACCAUUUACUGUGGAUGCUGUUAAUAGAAUUCAUUGUAUUGAAGACUUUCAUAAAAGAUAUGCACCACGCUGCGCACGCUGUCGAGAGCCCAUUGUUCCCGAAGGUGGAGCUGAAGAAACAGUACGAAUUGUUGCUUUGGAUAAGAGUUUUCAUAUUGCAUGCUACUCUUGUGAAGAUUGUGGGUCAUCACUUUGCUCAAGAGAAGAAGGUCGUGGUUGCUAUCCAUUAGAUGAUCACCUAUAUUGUAAGGAAUGUAAUGCUAGACGUAUACAAGAUCUUUCAAGAAAUAUUAACUAGACUGAAUUUGUAUUAAGAUUUUUUUAUUGUUUUUUUUGUGAUCAUUUUACAAAUACCAGUAAGAACUGGCCAAAGAUAAAGUCCUCAAAACUGCCAUAUCAGGGUAUGAGGAUUUUAAACUACUUGUUGAAUGAAGACAACAUUUAUAACUACAUUUUGAAUUUAACCCAGUAAAGAUUUUUCACUUUUCAAGUUGUAUUCAAUGUAAUUAUCUGUUUUUAUUUUGUGAACAAAUAACAUUGAUUGUAUUUAGUUUGAUAGUGAUUUCAAUACAUGUCAUGGCAUGAUUUUACCAUCAUUGUUAAAGCAUUUCUAGUGUUAAUUAAGCAUUCCAUGUAGCAAGUAAUAUAAAUGUAAUUAAGGCUGUGUAAUAAAAGCACCAUUUUUCAGUAUUAUUUGCAAAUGAUGUUGUGUGAUUAAAUAUUAGGUAAUUUUAUAAAACAAACAUUAUAUCCCAAGUAUUCAUAAGUUAUAAUUAAUAUUGUAAAUAAGACCAUGUGAAAUAUCUUUAGCAGGUAAAAGUAGGGUUGUACUCUUUGGCACCGCCUAUAUAAUAUGCAACUUUAAUGUGCUCUCUUCAUUACUGCAAUAUGAAUGCUAAAUGUUGUGAAAUUACUUUAACUAUACAUAUUCCCCCUAUAUUUAAAUGUGCCAUGUUUUAAUUAUUAGGUUGUGUAAACUUUUUUAAGAAUUUUAUUGUAAUGUACUUAAAUAAUGAUUACAUUUUUUUAUAUUUUUAAGUGAUAGUGUUGAGUCAUAUCUAUGAAUUAUAUUGUUUUUAUUGAGCAAAUAUUUUCAUUUAUAAUAAAUUCAUAAUAAAUUUUCAUACUUUUUAGAAUUCAUAAUAAAACUAUUUCUUGUUUAUAUAAAACAUACAAAUAUUAGUAAAGUAUAAAGCACAUGUUCCCUUUUUAUGUAACAAUAUGAUAAUGGAAAAAAAUUGUGUCCUUAAUGUAUGGUUUGAA